ACUGCUUGGAGUUUUAUGUCAGAUUUCGUCAUGGCUAGAGGAGGUGCGGAAACACUGAAGAUCGUCCACAAGACUGAAGACGAGUCAUGUAUUACAUUUCUGCUGGAAAACGAAGAUCACACACUGGGCAAUGCUCUCAGGUACAUGGUGAUGAAAAACCCCGCAGUACAGUUUUGUGGGUACGCGAUCCCACAUCCGUCGGAACGGACGAUUCAUUUGCGGAUUCAAAUAAAAGAGGGUCAGGGCUCGGCAGUUAAUGCGCUUGAGAAAGGUCUUCAGGACCUCAGAGAUCUUUUCGAAGCAGUGCACGCAACAUUCGAGGAAACCGUUGCAGCAUAUAAAGAAACGAUGCCAGCGUAGAAAUCGCCAUCUUAGACACAGUAUCUAGGGUGACGGUGUAUAUACUGUCGGUGCAAGUAGUCAGAUGUACACAUUAAUAAAUCUGUUUAUAAACGUUUGCCUGUUUCGAGAAAGUCCACAGAUUUGUCAUCGAUUAUAUAAAUAGUGGGAGAGUGUGCGGUAAAAAGACCCAUCGGAAGAAAAACGUAAAGGUGGUUAUUGGAAAACCAAAUUGAGGAUCAUUUGAUUACGCAAAAUAUUGGCAUGCUGGAUGUUCAAACCGAUGUAUGUAUCUGUUAUAUCCUUAAUAACUAGUAACGAUCUUUUUUGGUUCAAUUGAAGAAACCUUGCGUUAAGCCUAUUAGAUGACAACAAACAUAACAGUGUAUUUUACUCAGUUAAAAAUAACUCUAAACCGUAAACAAAUCAUGCCAUAUCUUUGCCUAAGCAAGGUUACGCGCUUGAACCGAAAAAAAAGAAAGAGUCAUUCCUUCGUAUUAUCUGAUAUUUCGAAUUUUUUGAAUAUGGGAUGUAAUUUUGUCCUUUACCUAUUCGUGGCUACAUAAGGGAAGUUUCGCACAGCAACCUAAUUUUAAAUUAUACAUACAUAUGCUUCUAACAAAUGAGCUAAGCGUAUCGUUUCCUCGACUACCAGUACUCAAAACGCCAUCCCCAAGCUCGUUUCUCGUUGAGGUCCUUUUUAACAUAUCCUUCGCACCGAUAAAUUACUUUGCAGUUUGCUGAUGCUUGUUACCAACUGUAUUUUCGUACUUACGAACAGUUCAUCAUAUAAACUUGAUAGAAAAUCAAGCAUGAUAGAUAUGUCUGCAUUUAUUUCAAAUACGGAAGGUGCUUGACUAAAAAAAGACUUCUGAAAAAAAAUCUGAUUUCGGGAGGGCGUUUUAUUACAAAGUUGUCCGCCAACUUAUCCUGUUCGUUAUUGUUAGGUUUUUAGUUCUCCGUCUGUGCGUUGUACUUAAAUUCCAGUAACCGUGAUUAUAAUGUUUGCCUAUUAAAUUCUUACUUCUUGAGUAUUCUAGAUCAAUGGCCUAGGUUUACUAAAAUCGUUUUCUUAAAUCUAUAUGCGUGUUGCGUUAUUUAAUGAACUUUAAGUAGCAGUUCUAAGCAUCAAUUUCCUUGAGUUUACCAUUAAAACUGGAAAGUUUUAUUAAUCGUAGUGAUACUUGUGUUCGAGUACUUAAUUAAGACGCACUUAAAGGUGAGACGAAGUGACGUCGCCUAACCUCGAAAACCUAAUCAUUAUAAGUGUUGCUAUUAAAGAAGCUUUUGUUUUUAUUUUGGGAAAAUAUAAUGUUUCUGAAUUGGUUGCCAGUCCGUUUGCUUAUGAAAACGUUGCUAAAAAUGACCUGAAGGCAUAAACCGUCGUCAACGAACUUAAGUGACACGUAGUACUUGCAUUGGAUGCCUCAACGUUUUUGCUGUGGGCAUAGACGCAUUUAUCUUCGAUACCUUAAAGCUUAUAAUGAUAGUCAGAUAAUACGAGGAUAAUAGUCACCGACGAGUGGGUUGUGUAUGUGUGUGUUAUGGGAUUGUGGUACAAAAAACGUUGUU